AUGGAAAAUCAAACAAAUUUUCUUCUAAAUCUAAUUUCUCUAAUAAUCAAUUUCAUUGGUACAAUCAUAACAACGAUUAUUUUAAUCUUCAUUUUACUUCGACGAAAAACUUUCUUUGAUGUUCAAUUACUUCUUUGUACAAAUAAUUAUUUUGUUUUAUUCAUUCUUGGUAUACUAACGUUUUCAAUUAAUAUUCGAGUUCUUCAAGGCGAUUUAAAAGAAUUCAGUGACGAACAAGAAACAUUAAUAUGUCGAAUUCAUUCUUAUAUAUUUUAUGCAUUUAUUUCAGCUAUUUAUCAAUCAUUUGUUUUACAAUCAAUCUUUCGUCUCUUUCGUAUUCUUCAUGUAACACAACAAAUUCUAUUAAAUGUUCGUUCGUAUUGGUUAAUGAUUCCAUUAGUUUGGCUAUUUUCUUUCUUAUUAAAUCUUCCAAUAUUACUUUGGCAUGGCCAACGAUUGAUUGAUAGUGAGCAUGUUUGUUUAGUUCCUAAAGAUGAUUCUCGAACAAUUGCAUAUUCAAUUUUGACAAUUUAUGGCAUUCCUUUUCUUUCCAUUUCAUUUAUUUAUUUUCGUGUAACUCAAUUUUUACAUAAACAAAGUUUAAAUCGAAAUCUUCCACAAAUUCAACGGUCUCAACAACGAGACAUUGUGGUUUUUCGUCGUAUCAUUCUUAUUCUUAUCCUAUUAGGUAUUUAUGGUAUCCCAACAAGUAUUAUGUUAAUCAUUCUUGCCUUUACCAAUGAACUUGCCUUUUGUUUUUAUCGCGUUCUUGUAUUAAGUAUAUCCAUAUGUGUUUUAACAUUAAGCUUAGCAUUAAUUUAUAUAACACCACAAAUUAAUCAUCAAAUUCAAGUUUAUUGUCGAAAGACACGAGUUUAUCCAAUAGUUACCCUUCAACAGAACACUAAUCUUUGA